AUGCCAGCUCCAUACGAAAAGGGUUCUGAGAAAAAAGGUGCUACUCUCUUUAAGACCAGAUGCUUGCAAUGUCACACCGUUGAGGAGGGUGCUCCUAACAAGGUUGGUCCUAACUUGCACGGACUUAUUGGUAGAAAGUCUGGUCAAGUCGAAGGUUACUCUUACACUGAUGCCAACAAGAAGAAGGGUGUCGAGUGGACCGAACAGAACUUGUCCGAUUACUUGGAGAACCCAAAGAAGUACAUUCCAGGUACCAAGAUGGCUUUCGGUGGUUUGAAGAAGGCCAAGGACAGAAACGAUUUGAUUACCUACUUGGUUUCAGCCACCAAGUAG